AUGGUCUCCAACAACCACAAUCUCCAUUGUCUCGAGAUGCAAUCUCGGCCGGGUAUCGACGACUGGGCGCCCCUUCGACAAGUCAAGCUCUUGGCCGGCUCUGGGUUGGCCGGUGCACCGACUUCUUCUGGACCUAAACCUCCACAGGAGGAAGAACAGGAUGCAUUCCCUCGAUCUCUCUCUGCCUGGACCAGACGUCGAUCACUUUGGCAGUUCCUUCAACCUCGACUAGGGCCUUUCGUCUGCCUUCUGGAAGUCACCGUCGUAUCGGCAGAGUACCGGAAGCACGUCACGGAUGUACAAUUGUUCUCCAUCGCAGCCUCGCGGGACGAUCCACCAUCCAAAUGUCUCAUAGCGCUAGUCAGCAUUUGCCGCGAUGGUGAGGUCAAGCGAUUGGCAAUUGGACGCGAAGAUGGGUACUCCGUGAUGCACGAAGACGAAGCCGCAUUCACCACCUCGAAGGCUGACGGCUCAGGCAGCGAGCCUCCAACGGACGUCAAGGCUCCCUACAGGCGUGAUGAGUCGCCGGAUGGUCCACGCCGUGCCAGCAACGGCUCGGCCACUCGACGCAAGUUCCUCGUCAAUCGCACGAGGCAUACGAGGGCGUGA